CAAAAUGAUAUUUACUACUGCGCAGUAACAAUUCUCAAAUCACACCUACAUGUCGAUUCAACGAAGUACUGUGUUCUGUUCUACUGUGUUCUAAAAAAACAUUCUCUUAAAAAAGCAAAAAGAAACCUACUAAUAUACAACAUGGAGGUCAUCAGUAGAAAGCUGUCAGCAACGAUGUGGGGUACAAAACGUUCUGCAAAAAAGCAAGUGGUAUCAAAGGCCAACUUGGACGGAUUGAUCGCAAUCGAUAUUGACGGUAAUGAUGCUAAUACAUUAACACAUCUCCGGGCGCAACAAUCAGACUCAGGCAUAUCUAAUCCAGUUAAUGCUGCUGAUAAAUCUUUGUAUAAAGACGACUUAGUUCCCGAGACGGAGACUGAUUCGGGGUACGAGGUUUCUGAUAUAUCAUCUGAACACAAAGCACUGGGGAGAAAAAUUUCCGCGCGAGAGAAGUUCGGUUCGCCCCUGUCAUGCUCAUUUACACUGUGUAGUUACUCACCAUUGCCCGGGGUACAGCACUGUGGUAAACAUAUACACUUGGAUCCCAAUUGGUGAUGCACAGUUGUGGUAUCAUGGCAGCAGACAAGAUGUCGUCUUAACUGUGUUGGUGAAAGGUUGAGGUUGGUUAUACACCACGAAGAGUACAUGCACCCUCUUGCGAACGGUACAUACAAUCGACGGCGCCAUUGUAAUAUGCGCUUGUUUUGACAUGUCACAUCGCUUCCCUAUAAGUUUAGGUCCGUACGAUUGUAUUCACAGUCACAGCCAGAAAUACAAACUACAGUGUCCGUAUGUUUGGGGCUUGUGUUCAGACCGUAUUCCGAGGUAGGCGAUUUUAGUCCUUUAUUGUACCUAUAUGACGAUGUACUGUUUAUACAGCAUUUAUAACCCUCCCGUAGCAUCAUACAUUGUCCCUCUCCAAAGGGGUCGUCGACCAUGCGUGCUUUGUCAUCGGAUUCUCCCGCCUAUUUGCUUUACACUUGAGAUGAUGGCACGGAUAGGCUGUAAGAGCAGCCGUAGUUGUCAAGGGGACCGAGUAUAUGGCUCAAAAUCAGUCGUUCGUGUGCAUAGGCGGGGAUGUUUGCUUACCGGUAACUGGUAUUUUUUUUUUUGCGCAUUUGCGUAUAUCGAUUUCUGAGAGCGAGGAGAACUCCGUGAGGAUUGCGCGAAUAGUAUGGACACGAAAAAUCGAUUGUAAUAAAUUGAAGGGCUG